AUGUCUGUAAAUGGAAAGAGAUGGUGUAUUGGAUUCAAUGAAGAGGCUGCAUCAGGCCAUAACUCGUUAUUGUUUGUCGAGCUAUGGGAGCCUACGAUAUCUGAUUGUUGUUCGGCGAAUACCUACUCCGCUUGCGAAAACAAUCUUUACUUGGUGGUCUGCGAGACAAGAUGGUCUGAUUUUGUGACUAGCGUUAAUGUCAAACGCGCGACCUCGGAAAAGUUCCAUGACGCAGCCGCCGCUCAGGCACGCCAAUCGACUUUUUUCCACAUCAAGCUCACCGGCGCAACUGAAGCCUUCACCAACGUUCCGCCGCUCUCUUACCCAAAGGCUGGAUACCUGGAAGAUUUGCGACCCACUGUCUUCAGAGUGGCUCCUCAUCGAGCGUCCGCCCGACGCAUUACGACCGUCACGAAUUGCCUUUUGGCGCACUCAUUCCUACCGCGCAGGCUGCCGCCGGUGUCUGCAUUCAACAUCGCCGCCUGUCGCCGGGCUUCUGGAUCGGAUCGCUCCUCUGUUUCUGUCCUUGACUCACUCAAGUCGAUCCUUGACUCGCAUCUCGAACAGAAAGCUAAAAGCAAGGAGACGCCCGCGUUGCCCUCGCCAUUUCGCACGUACGGACAAGAGCGACCCUUUGAAGAACAAUCGCGCGGCGCCGAGGGCCUAGGUCUGGAUAAAGUCUACGAGAGCCCCAAGCUCGCCUAUUCCUACAACUCCAGAAACACAAGACACCACAUAAUCUAUCCGGACAAGCCAUGGUCUAACCCCGAGCACGACUUGCGAGGCACCGAGGUUACAGUUAAUACGGCACGAAACGGAGCGUAUACCACGAUAUUAGGCAAAGAUUACUUGUCGCCCAGGAUGAAGUCGUUCAUCCAGAUUAUGAACACGCCGACGGCGGACAAGGGGGGCACAACUCUGAUGCUCCACUUCGACGACAAGCGGUACUUGUUUGGCAGUAUUGGGGAGGGCACUCAGCGCAUGAUGAAUGAGAUGGGCUCACGCAUGCUCAAGAUGCAUGAAAUCUUCAUCACUGGCCGCUCCGAGUGGGCCAACACUGGCGGUCUGAUUGGCAUGAUGCUGACGGUAGCGGAUGCUACGAUGAACAGCACCACGACGCGCAAGGACCGUUGGGGAGUCCAGGAAGAAAAGAAGACUCUGACUCUAUUCGGGCCGCCCAACUUGAACUACACGGUUGCGGCAUGUAGGCGUUUCGUGUUCAGGAAGGGCAUGCCGAUCGAGGCGGUCGAUGUCAAAGAUGAGAAUCGGAAAAGAGAUGAAAAUGGUGACCCGUCGCCCAUAUUUGUGGAUUUGAACACGAAUGUCUGGGCCAUGGCAAUUUCGCCUUCCGGCUUCGAGUCAAAACGGUCGACGACAGGUACGAAAUCAAGAAAGCGUAGUUAUGAUGAGCUGAACGGUGUAGAAUCAGCGGAGGGAACGUCAAAGGAGACCCCCGAGGAGACAGCCCUCAGAUAUGAGCAAAUGGCGCGCUCGGUCGUCGGUGAAAUGUUCAACUCCGACUGGCGGCUGGACGCUCUCGUCGAAAAGCCUCUGUGCGAAGUCGAGCUUCCUGCAACCAUCUUCCGGCGCAACUCGAUAACCAAGGAAAUUGAAAAAUACACCGGUCCAGUUCCCGACCCCACGAUGCCUAACAAGCCGGUCCUCGUCCGCACGCCUUGGCCAGGAGCAAAGCUCGUGGCACUGCCUCCGACGGAGCCUGCUCCGCAAGCUAUCUCGUACAUCAUCCGGAACCAUAAACAGCGCGGCAAGUUUGAUGUGAAAAAAGCUAUUGCCCACAAAGUCCCGAAGGGAUCGAAUUGGGGGACGCUGCAAAAUGGUAGUGAUGUGCAGAACGAGGACGGCGAAACCAUCACUCCCGAGAUGGUCCUCGGAGAGCCGCGACAGGGCAGAGGUGUUGCUAUCAUUGACUUGCCGACUACGGAAUAUGUAGAAGGGCUAGUCAAUCGUGAAGAGUGGAAGAGCAAGGACAUAAUGGACGGUGUAGAGGCAUUCGUGUGGAUGCUGGGGCCCGGUGUUGCUGCUGAUGAGCGGUUGAAGGCUUUCAUGGCAGAACGCAGCCACAUGAGGCACAUUGUCUCUUCCGUCGACGUCUGCCCGAACCGUGUUACCUAUGACAGUGCCAUGGGCGCCACAUUGCGACUGAGCCAGGUGGACUCGAAGAGAUUUGGCACCCUGGUUUAUGACAACACGACCACGCCUCAGGAUGGCCAUGCCACUGCUGGCAGCCAACCGGUUCAACUGCCGAAGCACGCAGUGCCUGCCGAGAGAGGACAGGUCAUCACGCUGGAGCCGAAGUUCGAAGUGCACAGCAAGGAUACUGUGCCGAUGUUCAACGCUGAAGAGGUCAUCAAGGAGGUGUCCGAGGACGUCCUUGAGAAAGCUAAGCAGGUCAAGGAAACAAUCAAGAACUCUGCCAGCGAGUUUGAGAAGUUCCAACGCAAGCUGCCUAUGAAAGACGCAGAGAUCAUCGCACUGGGCACCGGUUCCGCACUGCCAUCCAAAUACCGCAACGUCUCCGCAACUCUGGUCCGGGUCCCGGGCUAUGGCUCUUACCUGCUUGAUGCUGGUGAAGGCACACUCGGGCAACUGCGGCGUGUCUUCGAGCCUGCCGAGCUCAACGAGAUCAUGAAGGAACUGCGGGUUAUCUGGAUCAGCCACAUGCACGCGGAUCACAUCCUCGGCACCGUUGCCGUGAUACGGGAGUGGUACCGUAUCGCUCACAACAGCCAACCUGCUACGGAAGACGCGUUGUCCGCACUGGCCGCCAUUGAGGAGAAUCCCGAUUUAGCGUCCCAGUCCAAGCGAUUGGCUGUUAUUUCGAGUGAGCACCUUCUCGGCUGGCUCGCCGAGUACAGGAAUGUCGAAGACUUUGGCUACAGUCGUCUGUGGCCGCUGGCGGCCACGGUAAACCAAAAAUCUAAGCUCGCGGAGUCGCAGCUGGAAUUGACGCCGCCGCCGUAUUUCGCGCCCGUUGAGAAACAAGAGUCGGUCACCUUGCCCAAGGAGCUCUACCCCGCGCUGCUCGGCCUGCAAGAUAUGCAAGCCGUGUUCGUGAACCACUGCUUCGGCGCGCGCGCCGUGUCGCUGACCUGGCCCGAUGCGACGCGCACCGACCCCACCGACGACACCAGCUACCCCUUCAAGGUGUCGUACAGCGGUGACUGCCGACCGUGCCUGUCGUUUGCGCGCAUCGGCUCUAACUCGACCGUCCUCAUCCACGAAGCCACGUUCGAGGACGACAUGGCCGGCAACGCCGUCGCCAAAAAGCACAGCACGACGUCGGAGGCGCUGGGGAUCGGCGCGCGCAUGCGCGCUCGCAUGACGCUGCUCACGCACUUCAGUCAGCGGUACCAGUCGAUUCCGGUGAUUGAGCGCGAGGACAUCGAGCCAGAGGACGAGGCCAACGCCGCUCCGGGGGCGGAGAGCCUCGCGACCAGCGCGCCGGAGGAGGACGCAAUGGACGUGGACGGCGAGGAGGCGAGUGCCAUGGAGGAUGACAGCGCGGCGGUGGCCGCCGAGGAGGAAGCCUCAGCGGCUGUUGCGGCAGGAGGAGCGGACGCGCCGCUAGAGGACCCGUUGGGCCCGCCGGCGCCGGCGGUGCUGGCGCCGGGCUUGCGCACCGAGGCGUCCACGGCGCUUGAGACGCGCAUCCGUGCCCGCAGCGACAUGCGCGUGGGCGUCGCGGCGGACUAUAUGCGCGUCAAGGUGGGCGAGUUUGCGGAGCUGGAGAAGUUCGUGCCGGCGGUGCAGGCGCUGCUGCAGGUUGAGAAGGUGCUGGAGUUGGGGGGGAGCGAGGCUGGGAGCGAUGGCGAGGAGAAGAAGAAUAAGGCGGAGAAGGAUGGGGUCAGGCAGAAGGAGAAGAGGGUUAAGAAGGAGAAGGAGAGGAAGGAGAGGGCGGAGAAGGAGGGCGCGGGGAAGGGGAAGGGUUUGAGGGAGCAGAAGGCUGAGAGGAGACAGCAGCGGGAGAAGGAGGGGAAGGAGAAGGAGCAGCAGCAGCAGCAGAAGCAGCAGUAGGUAGCUGGACGUAGAGAUAGAUGAGGAUGAAUGAUGCCGUUGUCCAUGGAUUGCGGCGGAUGGGGCUCAUGCCUGGGUACGCGUAGGUAGACAGCCGCUGGCUUUUCCUGUGGAUACAUCAUGCAUAGGACAGGCGCGCUACGAGAAGGCGUGCUAAUACAUUUCUCCAU